CAGUUAAAGUGCCCUGCAGCCUGCAUGCAAGAAGCUGAGACAACGGUCACCAUAUGCCCAGCGACAGCUGACACCAGUACUGAACAGCAGACAGCAAUGGACGAGCAAGAUGAAGGCGACAGUGAACCCUGCUACAGUUACAGUUACAUACCAAAUAGGCUGACAGAGGCAGAGGAAACACCAAAGAGCUGCUCGGCCUGCGGCUGCAAAUGCCAGUUUCUGGUGACAUCGGACAAGGAAGUUCAAGCCACAGCACAAUUAUCUGAACACACAUACAGCAAACAUCCAGAACAGUCUUCUGUGACAGCGAACAGGGCUUGUCAAACAGCAUUUACUGUCUACUCGACUCUCACUUCAAGCUCCUUCAGGUUUUUUACAGGGCUUUCAAAGGAUGUGUUUGAUGAAUUGGUGAGAUCUCUUGAAGCAACUGCUGACCAGAACUCAUUUGUUUUACCCUUCCAAGAUCAGGUGCUGCUGACACUUAUGAGGCUGCGCUUAGGGCUGCUACUUAAUGACCUCAGUUUCCGCUUCGGUAUUUCCACAGCUCUAGUGAGCAGGAUUUUCUGCACUAUAGUGUCAGCUCUUGCUCACUUUUCUAGAAAAUAUCUGGUGUUCUGGCUGGCAAGAGAAACAAUUAGAAGAACAAUGCCUAGCAUUUUUGAGGACUAUCCGCUAGCAACAUGCAUCAUCAAUUGCUAUGAGAUUUUUGCUGAGAAACCGGGCAACUUGCUACGGAGAAAUCAGACCUACAGUCAUUAUAAAUCCCACAACACUGCCAAAGUACUGCACGUCAUUGCACCCAAUGGGUUUGUGAUGUUCAUUUCCAAGCCAUAUGGUGGACGUGCAAGCGAUCGGUUCAUCACAUUGGACAGUGACUUUACAAGGUUUCUGGCACCAGGUGAUGAGAUCCUGGCUGACAGGGGUUUCACAAUAGGCGACUGUUUACCAAUGGGAGUAAAUCUAAGGUUACCAAGCUUUUCAAAAGGCAGACAACAAAUAAGUGGCCCUGAGCUAGUAAAGUCAAGGCGCCUAGCAAGGCUCCGCAUCCAUGUUGAGCGGUCUAUAAGACGACUUAAAUGCUUCAGGAUACUGAAGUAUUUUCCCGCAAGCAUCUUUGCAAAAAAACCACUUGCUAAUGAUGUACUGACUGCUGUAGCCGGGCUGUGCAAUCUUCAGCCACAUUUAAUGAAGGACAGAGUGAUUUCUGCACCUUCAAACUAA